AUGGCGGACGACAAAUCACCACUUGUUCGAGACAUACUGAUUAGUGAUGCAAUAAUGCAUAAUAGUAAUGAAGAUAGUUUACCUCACAUUGAUUUUAUGGAUACUGAUAUUCAUACUGAUGAUGAACCUAUUGCGUCUCCAUUUGAUAUAUUCUCAUUAAAUUAUAUCAAAGAAGAUGAAAUAAUAACUGAAACAAUGUUUAUUGAUCAAUGUUUCUCAAAUUCCAGUUUUGAUCUUCCACACACAUCUGCAAUACUAUCAUCUUCGCCAUCGGUCUAUAACAAUUUUCCACAACAUGAUGUUUCAAACUGUUCUGUAAGAUAA